GGUCAAAAUAUGCAAACCGCUCGUCGAUGCAAUUGGAAACUUGGAAGCACGACAGACGAUGUUAGCAGACUGCAUGCUUGAAGUUAUUCGCUGUGCUCGCGAGUUGAUGUUCCGAGUCCCAUUCGCUGAAGGACAUGACCAUCUUGGCUUUUGGUUGCAUGCCAAAUCAGUCUUCAACGAGGAGUUUCAUCGGAUGAACACUGAUACUCACAAUCUUGCCCUUUUCCUCCACCCACUGUGUCGCCGCAUUGCUGUAGGCCAAGCAGGAAAGGGUCGGACAUUUGAUCAAAUUUGCAAGGCUGCACUGGAUAUUGCUCGUCAACUGCGUUGGCCUGAGGUACGAGCUGUACGGCUUCUUGACAACCUAAAGGAAUACUACAGUUGCAAAGGGCCAUUUGUUGGAGGUCAAUCAGAUGCAAAGGCAUGGUGGUUGUCUCUACCUAUCCUCGCCACUGAAGGCUAUCCUAUUAAGGACCUCGCUGUGCAGUUACACUCGAUCGUUCCUCACGCAGCUGAAGUUGAGAGGCUUUUCUCGAACCUUGGUGGAAUUCAAGGACGAAAAAGAAUCAAUCUUACAGUGCCAAACUUCGAGCGCGAAGGCAGAAUGCGCUCGAACUAUGAACGUCUUAUUUGGGAGCACAAUCGGAAAGCGGGAAAGCCUCUCCAUCGGAACCAUGCUCAUAUGCAUACUCGCAAUACUCCUGGCAUCAACACUGACCUUGCAAAGGACCUUGACAUCAACUUCACUUGGAUUCCACCUCUCGCAGUGACAUCUGUUGAUGAGGCUAUGCAACGUGAGGUUCCGCUGGAAGGACCUGAGGGGAUGACGGAUGAGCAGUUUGCAGCUGAGUACGAGGAGUGGGAGAGGCAACGGGCGGAAGAAGUAGCGGAUGAUAAUCGCGACGUUGAUCCAGUCUUGCUAGAUGUCGUUCCCACUGCUGGCGAAAUCUAUGACUUCACUGAGCUUGACCGCAUUGACAGGGGAAUGGCGCCGGCCUCCUUUAAUGAGGAAGUCCAAAUGCCUUCUUCUUCGACUGAGGCGGUUGUUUGGAACGUAGAUACACUCCUGCGUAUGAACGGCAUGGAGUUCUAGCUAACAUACUACUCUAUGAUACAAAUCUAUGGCACUAAUUUCUAAGUACACUUUUGCCCGGCCAUUUUUGAACCGUACAAGCUCAGAAAAAGCCAAAAAAUGAAUUGCCAUAUUUCGC